AUGUCAGAGAGGGCUCGGGAUCCCCGGACAGGACAAUUUAUAUCAAGCCGGGAGAAUACUAAGGGACCAAGUACCGAACCGAGCGCCGCAUCGAGUGAGGAUCCCGUGGCGAUCUCACUACCAGGUGAAUUCUUAGAAGAAGAGGAACCUGAAGAGUCUGAGCAAGAGUCUAGAAUAGAAGUCAGCGAGGCAGCUGAGCAAGGGAAUUCUAGUGAGCAGGAACAGACUGAGCAAGGAUCUUGGAUUAAAGCCAGCAGGGAAACUGAGCGAGGGAAUCCUGGUGGAUCCGAAGAAUAUAGAAUUGAACUCAGCGAGGCAACUGAGCUAGGAGAGCCAGACGUGCCAGACGUGCCAGGCAAGGAAACGCCUGAAGGGGAUAGAGAUCCUAGUGAACAACUGCAAGCGGAACUAGCAGUUAAAAUGGCCGGAACAAGUGGAAAUGGCCAGGGAGGCCAAGAAGGUUAG